AUGACUAUGAGUAUCUUUUUGUGGGAGGUUGAUAAUGAUAACAUUGAUCAUCGUGUAGGAGAUACAGCUGAGUUAGAAAUGAAUGUUAUUGAAUUGGGGUUUCCAAAAUCUGUUCCAUUAGAAGAUGAAAAUAAACCGGAUUCACUUGACACUGAAUCAUCUGGUAUUGAUCAAAUUUUGUCAACGGGAUCCGAAGGCUUGACCAAAGGAUUGGAUGAUUCCGAUUCCGGAGAUGGUGGUCGACAGAAGGAGCCAAAAGUUUGGGCAGUUACAGGGGGUAGUGAUGGGAUUGCCGAUAAUUUUAGUGAACUUGUUCCUGAUAUGGCAUUGGAUUUCCCUUUUGAAUUAGAUGCAUUCCAAAAGGAGAAAGGGGAAUCAGUUUUUGUAGCAGCUCAUACUUUAACUGGAAAGACUGUUGUUGCAGAGUAUGCCUUUGCACUCGCAUCAAAAGUACAAUAUCUUACUCUUGAUAUCUUGUCUAUUCAAAAGACCAUUGUACAAGGGACUUUUCUAGGAAGUUUGACGUGGGUCUUCUCACAGGGGAUGUUAGUUCAACUGAAUACUAAAACUUUCAACAUUCUUUUAACAGAAGUGGUAAAUCUGAUCUGA